CGCUACUAUAAAAAUGCUGAAGUCCGGAGUUCUACGUGGGCGCACGGUGCGACCUUUCAGCAAAACGACUCAACUGACACAAAGCAGAAGCCUAGCGAUCAUGGCGCAAGCAAGGCUCAAGGUUGCUGUGACGGGAUCUGCCGGACGGACUGGAGCCCUUGUCGUCAAGAAGCUUUUGGAGCGCGCGGCUGAGUUUGAGACACGCGCAGUUGUUCGCAACUCCUCGUCCAAGCCCAAGCUCACGCAACUGGGUCUGGAGGAAUCAGCCAUCUUGGCGGCGGACAUUUCUCAAGGUGACGCCAAAGCUUUCGAAGCUGCGUUUACUGGAUGCGACGCUGUGGUCAUUGCCACAUCAGCUGUGCCAGUACUCAAGCCGCUAAGCCUUAUCCCCGUGUUUUGGGCCAAACUUACUGGGGGUAAAGGAGUCAUGCCCCAGUUUGGCUGGAAGGAGGGCCAAAAUCCCGAACAGGUUGACUGGCUGGGCCAGAAGGUGCAGAUUGAUGCUGCGAAGGCAACGGGAGUGAAGAAGGUGGUGCUGAUCAGCAGCAUGGGCGGCACGGACAAGGAUAACAAUCUUAACAAGCUUGGAAACGGAAACAUUCUUCAGUGGAAGAGGAAGGCUGAGCAGUACCUGAUUGCAUCAGGCCUCACCUACACGAUUAUCCACCCAGGAGGCUUGAUUGACGAAGCUGAUGGCCAGCGGCAGCUGGUGGUGGGCGUGGAUGAUACCCUUCUGAAAGAAACCAUGCGCAGCAUUCCUCGUGGCGAUGUGGCUGAGUUGAGCGUGCGUUGCCUCACGCUCAAGGCAGCAGAAAACAGGGCGUUCGACGUGAUCACCCGUAAGCCCGGCGAGGGUGAGCCCACCAAGGAUUUCGGGGCGCUUCUCACCAACAUGUCAUCGAACUGCGACUACUCAAUCAACAGCCAGUGGCCUUGAGUCGUUUUGCUGGAGUUGGAUCUACUCGUAUUUAAAUUACAAAUGCUUUGGGCAUGCUUUGUAACUUUGUUGUUGCAUUUUAUUUCCUAUGGGUUGAGCUAGGAACCUAUGUCGUGCAAAUGCCGGGACGCAACAAUGUGAAAAUUUUGCACUGAGUUUUGCGUAUUGCGAUUUAGUUGAGAGCUGCAGGGUCGUUGGGAGCCGCAGGGUAUAUGGCACCGCCGGUAUUAUGGCUAUUGUUGUCGGUGGUGUGGUACCCGGAGUGAAACAAUACUCUUGCGACACACCGUUUGGCGAGGGUCCGAAAAUGACACUUGGAGUUACAUUAACGAUAUGGAAAUUUGGUGACGUUCCCAGAAACUUUGCAAAUGUGAUACAUGUU